AUGAACACUGGCGGCGAUGAUGACGCCGUUGCCGAGCAGCAGAACAUGUCGUUCCUCAUGCAGCUGCAGGAGCUGUACUGCAAAACAGCUCUUUAUGAGCAGCUGGAACAGAUUAUGGGCCAUCCCGCCACCCAAGAAGAGAGCGACGGCUACCUUGACGACGUGGAAGGGCUCGUCGAGCUCUACUGCUCUGAGAGGGAAGCGGCGAAGAAGACGGCGCCACCCGCUGAGGGGGCUGACGCCGCUGCUCAGUGUGAGGAGGCGACGAAGCAGCACAUCCUGAAAUCUCUCUCCGAUGCUAUCAACGGCGUGGCCGAGGCGGAUGAGGAACCCGACAUACCCAUGUCAAGCAUCCAGCAGCUGUACCACGUCCUCCAUGAUUGCCUCACCAUAGAUACGGUGGAGACAGGACUCGCUGUCGGGUCAUUGCUGCUGGCCGAUGAUGCCAAGCGCAGCGCUGAGGAAGCGUCCCGCCUUGCCUACCAGCAGCAGCAGCGUCACAUGCACAGCGGUGUUGACACGGCCAGCAUGACCACCUCCACUGCGGAGCGCAAGAAUGCCAUGAAGGUCUCUCCGGAAGAAAUGUUCCGUCUCGCUCAGCACGUCCGCAGUGGUCUUGCCGACGAGGCGGAGCUGCUCAAGUUGCGUUCCGAGGACAACGAGGAAGAGGGCAACGGCGAGCAGGACGUGGAGUUGAACGACGAAGAGCCCCGCUUCUUGCGCAACAUGGGCUUCUCCUCGAUGUUGCACCGUCGCAUCAACUACCGUGCACCACUGCCGUCGCAGCAGCUGCGUGAUGCCCGCACACCGCAACACCGGCAAGCCAUCUUGGACAGACUCGCCCAACGUCAGCAGGGUGAUACGUCAAAGCUGAACAGCAUGGAGAAGGCGGCGCAGAUGCAGGAAAAGAUAAACAUGGAUCGCCGCGUCAUUGCCCGCAAGGCGCAGCGUACCCAGCAGGAGUCCCGUGAGUACGACUUCGGGGCAGCCUUGAGCGUUCGAGAUGAUAGAUCAGUGCUCGACGAGAGCCGCUACGAGUGGAAAGGCAGGAUGCUAGAAAGUGAGGAGUACUCGACACAGCCCACCCUUCUGCACUCGGAGCAGAACACACUGCCAGAGGAAGGCGGCUUCCGACCACAGGAUCUGCCGACGAAGCUGGCGCCAUGGAUGAAGCACAGCUUUGGACGCAAGCCACGCUUUGGCCUGCCUGAGACGCUGCAGACGAUACAGGAGCAGCGCAUCUCCCUCCCGAUUUACGCGAAGAAGGAGGCUCUGCUCAACUUUGUAGAUGCACAUCAGGUCACCAUACUUGUCGGAGAGACAGGCAGCGGCAAGACGACGCAGAUUCCACAGUACCUGGUGGAACACGGGUACGCCGAUCGAGGCAUGAUCGCCUGCACGCAGCCCCGCCGUGUCGCCGCCGAGACGCUUGCCAUGCGCGUCGCUGAGGAGUACGGAUGCCGUCUUGGCGAGGAGGUCGGUUACACCGUUCGCUUCCGCGAUGUCACUUCGUCGCUCACAAAGAUCAAGUACAUGACAGACGGCAUGCUGCUGCGUGAAGCGCUGCUGGACGACAGCUUCCAGCGCUACAGCGUCAUCAUCCUCGACGAGGCACAUGAGCGCUCCAUCAGCACCGAUCUGCUCUUCGCCAUUGUGCGGCAGGCGCUGCGGAAACACGAGGGGCUGAAGGCUAUGGUGACCUCCGCCACCCUCGAGACGGAGAAGUUCUGCGCCUAUUUUGGCGCCUCGGAGCCUUUUCGGAUUGAGGGCCGCACAUUUCCAGUAGAGACGUACUACCUCACCGACCCCACCACCGACUACGUGCGAACCGCCCUGCAGACAGUCAUGAUGAUUCACCUGCAAGAGCCUCCAGGGGACGUUCUGGUCUUCUUCACGGGGCAGGAAGAGAUCGAGCUGGGUGGGGAACAGCUGUUUCGCUGGAUGGAGAUGCUGCGGCGGCAGGUGAGCACGCCUUUGCCCGACUUGAUGGUGCUGCCUCUCACGGCCACCAUGCCACAGGAGGUUCAGUCGAAGGUGUUCGAGUCCACCCCACCGGGGUGCCGUAAGGUCGUGCUGGCCACGAACGUCGCUGAGACGUCGAUCACUAUCACCAACCUUUACUAUGUCGUUGACAGCGGCUUCUGCAAGCAGAACAUCUUCGACGCCAAGCACGGUAUCGAUCAGCUCAAGGUGAUGCCGGUGUCGCAAGCGCAGGCGAAGCAGCGCUCCGGUCGUGCGGGGCGUAUCGGGCCUGGCAAGUGCUACCGGAUGUACACAGAGAAGCAGUUCACGACCGACAUGGUGCCGGAGACAGUGCCAGACAUUAUGCGGACAAGCCUCUUCCACGUUACCCUGCAGCUGAAGGCCAUGGGGCUCGAUCUCCUCAAUCUCGAGCUCAUGGACUGCCCUCCGAAGGGGGCCAUUGUGUCAGCACUAGAGAAGCUGCGCUACCUUGAGGCGCUCGACGACGACGGACUGCUGACUCCGCUAGGGAGUCGCAUGGCGCAGUUGUCAAUCGACCCCUCGCAGAGCAAAACAUUACUCACCGCGGUUGACUUGGGCUGCAGUGAGCCGGUCCUCACGAUUGUCUCGAUGCUAGCAGUGCAGAAACGUGGCGUCUUCUACCGCCCUCGAGAUCAACAAGAGGCGUCUGACGCGGCGCGGCGCCAGUUCAUGCAGCCGGAGGGUGAUCAACUCACCCUCAUGGCGGUCUAUGACGCUUGGGUGGAAAACGGCAUGUCGGAAGACUGGAGCAAGCACAACUUCCUGAAGCACCGCAUGCUGGUCGAGGCGCGUGACACACGCGACCAGCUCAAGGAGAUGCUGGCACGGCGCAACCAGCACAUAUCGCACGAGAAUGACACAAACAUCGACGAGGUGCGCAAGUCCAUCACGGCCGGGUACUUCUUCAACGCGGCGCGGCGCGUCGACUCACACACCCGCUCGUACGUCACAUUGUCUGACAGGCGUGAGGUGUACGUGCACCCCUCCUCGGUGCUCAUCGACGAUCCGCCCAAGUACGUCCUGUACGAUGACCUCCGCAUGACGAAGCGGGAGUACAUGACGGAGCUUCUGGCGAUCGAGCCGAAGUGGCUGGUGGAGCUGGCGCCAGCCUUUUACGCAAAGCCGAAGGAAGGGCGACUCACCAAGGAGCAAGCUGCUGAACGCUUCACACCAAUUCUAAAGUCGUGGGAGACAGGCAGUUCCUGGCGUAUCUCGCGUCUAAAGAAGCAGCGACGUUGA